AUGUCGAGGUUCAGCAGGGCCCCUGGGCCCCAGAACACGAGCAUCCUCAACACGCUGCGUGCCACCGAGAUGAUCGACACCAAGGCCGCCCUGCCCGCCGAGAUCCUCGUCACCAUCCUCGACUACCUCCCUGUCUCCGACCUCAUGCGCUUCGCUCGCGCCUCCAGCCGCAUGCGCGAGAUGGUCUACGAUGACACGAGGUGGGUCGCACGCCUCAAGAGCAUGGGCCUGUGGAACGAGCUCGAGGCACGCCGCCGCUUCGAUGACGCUGUGCGCCGGAGGAAAGAGACUCAGGAGAGGGAUGCCAAGGAACGCGCGGCCGCCGCCGGAGCGAACAGCCAGCCCGCCGCCGAUGCUGGGCGGCAGGUAGGCGCCGCGAAGAGGCAGUCCGCAACCGUGUUUUUCGAUGCCUCUAUCGAGCAGGAAAGGAGGAGGAGAAGCAGCACCCUUGCCAAAGCAUCCGCCCCGGCCAGUACCCUACCGGACCUGCGCGAUGGCUUCGAGACGUUGGCCGUGACCGGCAACUCGCAGCUUCCCAGGCAACCUCUUUCGGAUCCCCUUCAGGACCCCGAGGACUAUCUGCAGGUCCUCAAAAACGUCAAGAGCGUGAGGGGCCAUGCCAGGGAGGAGUAUGGAAAGGUCUAUGGAGCACUGGGGCCUUUCUAUUUCGACCUGGUGCGAGCCAAGAGCCAUGCCGACCCGGCCCUAUUCAAGGCAUUUAGAGAUCCCGAGCGCCAGGCGCAAAUGCUGGCAAAUCUACACGUCUUCUCCAAGAGUGACUGGGCUUCGGGCUGGGCCCAGCGGGAGGAGAAGCUUACGCGCAUGACCAACAUCUUCGAGAGCGCCGUGCUCAGGGAGUUCGAGCAGGGCUACGAGUUCUGGGACGUCGAGGGGCGGAUGAGGCGGUACGCACAUGUUUUGGACAUGCUGAAGAGUCAGGCCGGUGUCGACCUCUUCAUCCACAAGCAUCCUAUCUUCUCGGAUAAGGAGGUCCUCGCCAACUCGAUGGACUGCAUCAACAACGCGCCCGCGGACGGAAUAACACUUGGGCCGUCACAACUUUUCUUCGAGGUGUUGACGGGGAAACUACGCGAGCAGGCCGUGGUCAUGGAGAAGAUAUUUCCAAAUCCGGGUAAGGUGUUCUGGGCCCUUGUGGACAAGGUCAGAGAGGACACCAUUAUGGACUACGCAACAUCACUGUUCGACGAGGCCCGGGAGCGCAGCAUAGAGUCCUACCUCAGGGCAGUAUCCGGCAUAUUUGAACAGUGCCUGCAGUCCCUCAGAUCCCUUGAUGUGCCACAGAUAUCGGCAGAGGAAAGCGAAGAGAAGUCGAAAGAGCAGGCGUACAGGGUCGUAGAGCCACAUCUGGAUCUGUACCUGCAGGACGAGCUCGAGUUCUUUCAAAAGAAGGCCGAGGAGGAGGUGGGGAACUGGGAACGGAAACUGUCGGAGCAGGAUGCAACUGUCGAGUCGUUCUACAUGUCGAAUUUCGCCAAGCCGGUGGACAAGAAGGACUUUCUGAGCUCCUUCAAGAAGACCAUCAUGAUGCCCGUGACGGUGCUGCCGUCUCUACCGGGACAGCUGCUCACAUCCCCUUUCGGCUCGACCACGACCAAACCCACACAGGCCUCAACUGCUAACGGCAUGACCCUAGCCCCUCAGGCCUCCUCGGCGUCGCAGACACCCGGCGUAGGCGUGCCGGACAGGACAACUAGCCCCCUCCCCGAAAAGGCUCCCACAGACGAGCUCGCAGCAAAGGCCGCCCUCAUGGCCUCCAGGCUGGAGGGCAUCAAGUCCUUGUUCAGCAUCGAGGUGGCGCUGAACCUAGUCCACAUGGCCAAGACGAGCCUAGGGCGCGCCGCAGUGCUGAUCCAGCUCGGCGGGCAGGCCGGCGAAGAGGCGCGAGAGCAGUGCGCACAGAUCUUCGUCAGCCUUCUGCGCAUCCUGGGCUACCGACACAUCAAGCCUGGGUUCGACAAGGCGGUGGACCACCUUGCGGGAUACAAGGCACGCGAGGUCACAGACCACGGUAGCCAGGGCGGUGGCGCCGCUGGUUACCUGCUGGCUUCGCCGCGGAUCGCGGACCGCAACGACUUCCUCGACCAGAGUGGCUUGGCCAAGAAGAAGUUCGAGCAGAUGUUGGACGAGAGCGUGGCGGCGGGGCUGAACAAGGGCAUCGACGUGCUCAUGGACGAGGUCGAGUACAUCUGCGCCACGACGCAGCUGCCGACGGACUACAACCCCGUGGGACCCGAGCCCGCGGGCGGCGGCGGGGCCGGCAGCAACGGCCUCGGUGCGCCCGAGAAGCGGUCCAGCGUGGCGAGCUUCGCGUCGUUCGGCAGCAACAACACGCAGGGCCACAGGCAGUCGUCGGCCGUGACGGACCUGUCCCCGACGCAGACGGCGCGACGCGUGGUGGACCUGGUCAGCUCGCACACGCGCAUGCUCGUGGGCAGCACCGAGAAGACGAUGCUGGAGGUGUUCAACGGCGAGGUCGGGCUGCGGCUCUUCACGGCCGUGUGCAAGCACAUCAAGCGGCAGCGCGUGUCGACAGACGGUGCGACACGGCUCAUCGCCGACUGCACCCUAUACUUUGAGUACGUCCAGACGCUGCGCAACGCGGACCUGCUGGCGUACUUCCGCGCCCUGCGGGAGCUGAGCCAGAUCUACCUCAUCGACCCGCGGCACUCCAAGGAGAUGGCGACCAUCAUUGCCGACGGCGACCGGUUCGGUGGCGUGUUCCGCGCAGAGGAGGUGUACGAGUUCGCGGAGCGGAGGGCGGACUGGUAUCAGGUCAAGAGGGAUGUCGAGAGGGCCAUGUACGGGAUGGAAUGUUGUGUAAUGUGA